GAGUUAUUUUCGAGAACAUGCAAAAUAGGUGACCUGAGGUUCAACAAGAUCCGAGACAUCUCACCCAACUCUUUCAAGGACUUGAAGAAACUGAACACACUGCUGCUGAACAACAACCACAUCACCCGGCUGCAGAAUGGCGUGUUUAACGGGCUGAAGGAGCUGAAGUAUCUGUACCUGUACAAGAACAGAAUGCGAGAGAUCGAGAGCAAGGUGUUCCAAGGGCUGCCCAAGCUGGAACAGCUGUAUCUGCACUUUAAUGAGCUCGACGACAUAGCGCCUGAUACUUUUACUCAUUUACCCUCACUAGAGCGAUUGUUCCUUCACAACAACAAGCUUCAGCGGAUCCCGGUGGGCGCGUUCAAGAAUCUGGAGACACUCAAGCGGCUGCGCUUGGACAGCAACGCGCUCGUGUGCGACUGCGAGAUGAUGUGGCUGGUGAAGAUGCUGCGGGACAAGCUGCAGAAGACGCAGGCGGCCGCCACCUGCCAGUCGCCGGCCAACAUGCAGGGCAAGAACCUCGCCACCAUGACCGAGAGCGACUUCCACUGCAGAAAACCUAAAAUUACUGAAGAUCCUCAUGAUGUGGAAGUGACAUUUGGUGGCACAGUAUUCUUCACUUGCAAAGCAGAAGGAGAUCCGGCACCUGACAUCAUUUGGAUGAGGGACAGCAAUGAAAUUAAUUUUGGUGAUCCCCGCUAUUCUAAACUCUCUGAUGGAACUUUAAUGAUUGAAAAUGCAGUUGAUUCAGACAUUGGAGUGUAUGAAUGUAUGGCUAAGAACCCUGCUGGAGAAGUAAAAUCACGACAGGCAAAAAUGAAUUACCAGAAAACGAGAGCAAAGCCUCACUUUCGACGGACACCUCUGGAUCAAGAGAUAUACCAGGGAGGAACAAUUAAAUUAUACUGUGCAGCAAGUGGUCAACCCCAACCUGACAUUAGCUGGAGUCAUGAUGAUAUUCCUGUUGUCUCUAAUGACAGAGUACAGAUUUCCUCUGAUGGGACACUUACAAUUACCAGUGUCCAACAUGAAGAUGCUGGAAUAUACAAGUGUACAGCAGCCAACUUUGUAGGUCGAAUAACAUCAGUAGCUCAAGUGAAAGUGAAUGAAACUGAAUCACAUGCAAAAGUUGCACCCAGUUUUAUCACUCGACCUGACAAUUUAACCUUGAAGAGUGGUGGCUUAGCUGAAUUGCAUUGUGUUGCUGAUUCAAAUCCAGAAAUAUUUUGGUUCAAAGAUGGGCGCAGUGUAUCUUCUGGGGGACGCAUUUCCAUUUUGAACAAUGGACAAGUUCUAAGAAUUCAAUAUGUGAAGGAAACAGAUUCUGGAAAAUAUGUGUGCCGUGCUCAAAACCAAGCUGGCUACAAAGAGACAAGUUCAUAUUUGACUGUGAGAGACACUGUUGUUCGAAGUUCACCAUCAUUUGUACUUCAAAAGGAAGUCUUUGGCAGUGUUAUCAAUGGAAGUAUGGCUCCUAGACUUGUCGCUUCUCCAUAUAACAUGCAAGCAAUGGCAUUUAGUACCAUUGAAAUUCCGUGUAAAGCAGCUGGCGAUCCAAAGCCUACAAUAACAUGGAGUAAGGACGGAAGGCCUCUGGACCUCACAAAGCGUCACAAGGUUUCAAAAUACGGAAGUCUCUACAUAAGUAACGUAUCAUAUGAAGAUGCUGGGGUAUAUGAAUGUUCUGCACAGAAUGAAAAUGGCCGUUCAAGAGCCCAGGGUCGACUUAGUGUGAAAGAAGAGCCAGUGAUGGGUCCAGGAGACAGAUUUGUACAACAAGCAUUCCAAGAAGCCAGUCGAGCUAUUGAUCGAGCAGUCAAUGACACUCUAACAAGAUUGUUUUCUCAAGAUCGUGCUGCAAAACCUGCUUCUCCAAAUGAAUUGUUUAGAUUAUUAAGGUUUCCAAAUCAAGAAGCUCGUGAUUUGGCUCGAGCUGCUGAUAUUUAUGAAAGAACACUUGUUAAUAUUAGGAAACAUGUUGAGGCUGGAAUGAAGCUAAAUCUUACCACAGAUUUCUCAUACAAAGACCUCCUAUCAACAACCCAGCUUCAACUUGUAGCCAAUUUGUCUGGUUGUAUGGCACACAGACCACAUGUUAACUGUUCUGACAUGUGCUACCACAGCAAAUACAGGAGCAUUGAUGGAACCUGUAACAACUUGAUGCAUCCUAUGUGGGGAGCUUCUCUCACAGGUUUUAGGCGGGUCCUCAAACCUGAAUAUGAGAAUGGAUUCAGCAUGCCAAUAGGUUGGAAGAAAGAUGUGAAAUAUUUUGGAUAUCCCAAGCCUAGUGCUCGGCUUGUAUCAACAGAACUCAUUAGUACAGAAGAAAUUACACCUGAUGAGCGACUGACACACAUGCUUAUGCAGUGGGGUCAAUUUCUGGAUCAUGAUCUUGACCAUGCCUUGCCUGCUGUAAGCAGUGAAAGUUGGGAUGGAAUUGACUGUAAAAAAUCAUGUGAUUAUGCAGCUCCUUGUUACCCAAUUGAAGUACCUCCGAAUGACCCAAGAGUUAGAAAUAGGCGAUGUAUUGAUUUUGUACGCAGCAGUGCAAUAUGUGGUUCAGGACAUACUUCUGUAUUUUUUGAGACAGUUGUUCCAAGAGAACAGAUUAAUCAGUUGACUUCCUUUAUUGAUGCAUCUCAGGUUUAUGGUUUUUCCAAUGAAGUAGCUCAAGAUCUUCGUGAAUUAUCACGAGAGACUGGACUUCUUCGAGAAGGAAUUAAACUUCCAGGCCGCAAAGCUUUGCUACCUCUGGCAGACAGUCAGCCAAAUGACUGCAGACGUGAUCCAUCAGAAAGCGAUAUCGGCUGUUUCAUUGCCGGUGAUAUUCGAUCUAAUGAACAGCUUGGACUUCUAGCAAUGCAUACCAUUUGGUUUAGAGAACAUAAUCGCAUUGCAAGGGAACUGAAGAUUUUGAAUCCACACUGGGAUGGUAACAUGCUGUAUCAUGAAGCUCGAAAAGUUGUAGGAGCUGAAGUCCAACGAAUUACAUAUCAUGAAUGGCUACCUAAUAUCCUUGGUGCUAAAGGAAUGGAAAUGCUGGGUGAAUACAAAGGAUAUGAUCCUUCAUUAGAUCCAUCAAUUUCAAAUGUAUUUGCUACAGCUGCUCUGCGAUUUGGCCAUUCUUUGAUCAACCCAGUCCUUCACAGAUUGAACAAAACUUUUCAACCAAUCCCCGAGGGUAAUAUUCCUCUUCAGAAAGCUUUCUUCUCCCCAUGGAGACUGGUUGAAGAAGGUGGUGUAGAUCCUCUGCUCCGAGGUCUUUUUAGUGUGCCAGCAAAGCUGAAAAUGCCAAACCAGAAUCUGAAUACAGAGCUGACUGAACAUUUGUUUGAAGUGGCACAUGCUGUUGCACUUGAUUUGGCUGCUAUAAACAUCCAGAGAGGUCGAGAUCAUGGAAUUCCUUCAUACAAUUCUUGGAGGCGAUACUGCAAUCUAACAGAAGCCUUAACAUUUGAAGAUCUACGAGGGGAGAUUAGUAAUGCAGGUGUUCGAGAAGGUUUGAAGAAAUUGUAUGGUCACCCAGGUAACAUUGAUAUAUGGGUUGGUGGAAUUCUUGAGGAUCUAGCAGAAGGAGCUAAAGUCGGGCCAACAUUUAGGUGCCUCCUGGUAGAGCAAUUUAGACGCUUGAGAGAGGGUGACAGGUUCUGGUAUGAGAAUCCAGCAACAUUUAAACCUGAGCAAUUAACCCAGAUCAAGCAAGUGUCUUUGGCUCGGGUACUCUGUGAUAAUGGCGAUGAUAUUACUGAUGUUACACAAAAUGUAUUCGUACUACCAAAACAUCAGAAUCCAGCUUUCUUGUCUUGUAACCAGCUUCCUCAGGUGGAUCUAAGAUUCUGGACAGAAUGUUGUCACGAUUGCAACAAUGCGGGGCAAUUCAACAGUAUUACCAGACUUUCAACUACACGAACAAGACGUGCUAUUGACUUUUCAUAUGCAAGUGAAAAGCCUACCACUUUCACACCCACUCCUGAACCAAUGGUUGAUAAUUCAACCAUCUCGACUACACCUCUGCCCCAACAGCCAGCUCCAGUUACUACAAAAGAAAAUGAAAUUUCUGGAUCAAGCAAUUCACGGGCUGAUCAAGAUGAAGUUGAAGAGGAAAGAAUAGAGGGAAUUGAAACAGCAUUAGAAGAAUUUCAGAAAACCAUCAAACAACUUCGAAGGAAAAUCAGGAAGUUGGAACACCAUUGUCAAGGUAAUGGAAAGCACAACUCUUCCAAUAAAUGCGUCGAUGCAGAUGGAAACUGGAGAAAGAAUAAUGAAGUUUGGAAGAAAGACAACUGCACAGAUUGCAUAUGCAAGGAGAGGCAGAUCACAUGCACAAUGAUGAAAUGUGCUGAAUUGGCAUGUGCGUCUCCUGUUCAUCAUAACGGAGAAUGUUGUCCCACUUGCGCAUAGUGGGUUGACAAAACAAGAGAGAAAGAUGGGUGGACUGUGUAACUAGUCAAUCGCAAGAUUUGGAGUAUGAAACAGAACUCUGGCAUUUAUCUUUUAUUAUUUUUAAAUACCACAUUUUCCACACUGUCUCCCCAUAUUCAGCCUUGAAGGGAGUUACAAUUAGUUUUUACAAAGUGAGUGAGAGAAAGGAAGUAGUGGAGAGAAAGUGAACCCAUUUUGUUGUGACUUUGACCACUGAAUGUUAACUCUGCGUGUUUUAGUGACUGUCCCUUCAAUAUUAUGUAAGAUGUAGGUGCAGAGAUGUUUUAAAAACAAAUGCAGUUUAAAUGUUUCUUGUAUUAUAAAUAUACCUAUUUACUUUUAAAGGUCUUUAAAACCAAUUAGCUUUUGUGCCAAAAUAUACUGCUUUUUCUAUAGACAGAACACUUACGUAGCCUGUCAGACUCUCAGCCCAUUGUGGUCUUUCAGUUUUAAGGCAUGUUAAUCGGUUGUGAACACAACUAAAAGCGAUGUGUUCAACUUGAAUUGCAGAAAUACUCAGAAAUAAUGAAAUAUUUGUCAAGGUUCUUCUCAAUAUUCAGUAAUUGCUUCCUAAAAGUCUUAGAAUAUUGCUUAGCACUUACCAAGAACGUAGGACAUGAACAUUCUUUCUUUAAAACUUGUAUUGAUGUUGUUAAUACCCUCCCCAAUUGAAAAAAAAACAGUGAUGAGUCCAGUGAUUGUCCUUAACUUAUGAAAUAAUCUCCAUAAUCCAUAACACCUCGUAUCAUGAUCAUCUUUCAACUUUCAUUGCAAAUAUAUUUUACUACAGAACCCCACAGAAAUACUUUAUUAUAUUUAAAGUUUAUUUUAUGAUUUGUUGUGUUGGUGUAUAGAAUCUGCAUCAGAUCUUAUACACCACAACCACACUGCCAUGACAAAAGAUUUAGAAUAGAUUUAUCUUAAUUUUUCCUACAGCCUGCCUGCUCCUGUGCUCCUAAUAAUUACAUGUAAGUAUGUAUCUGUGGUGGUGAUUUUACAUGUAGUGUCAUGUACAUUAUGCUUGGUUGUAAGAGUGCUGUAAAAUGUGUUAAGUAUCAUAUACUUAAAUGUUCAAUAUUUUAUUGUAGUUAUUCCUAUUUGUUGAUUGCAAUAGAUUCAUGGAAUAAAUGAAUAAUACCAUUGUUAUUUACAAUAUGAUUUCUUUUUAUUAUUUGGCAGUACCUUGAAGGUGAAGCACGCAUCCCCACAGAUUUCAAAAUCAAAUCUGUCUUGAUGAAUAUUUGUAUAUUCAACAAACUGUCAUGGGAUAUAAUUCUUGUAAAGUCACCCUAUUUAUUAGAAAGUUGUAGAAUAACUCUCUAAUAUGAAAUAAUUAAGAAGUGUAUUAUAGUGCAUUUCUUUGUACAACCUUCUGUAAAGAUUCAUAAUUAUAUAAUUAUUGUAAAAUGAAUAAACUUAAUUUCUUCUUUUUAUUUAAGAAUUUUUUUCAUACAAAUUAUAUUCUCAAGCAACUUCAUGUACAUGAAAUUUACUCUUUUUUUGGACAUUAAGUAGUAAAAUCGACCUUUUGUCAAGAACUGGUAAUUAUUGGAAAGGAUUGAUUUAGUGUACUUUACAAUGAACUGUGGAGUACGAGUCAUUUCUGGCAAACUGUAAGACGUAAAAUAUACAAAUACAAUUUCUAGAACUAAGAUAUUAUAUUCAAAGCUCCUUAAUUUUAAUCAGUAUACACAAAAUUAAAACAUUAUAAUGAAACGAUAUGGAUACACCUUUAAGUCUACAGAUUCUUCAAAAACCUGAUGAGAACCCUAUCUUUUUGCCAGUUGAACAUCUCAACUGUAAUUUUUUAAACAGAAUUUUUCAUGAAACUUUGUCAGGUUACAAUGCAAUGCUGUUAUUUUUUUGUUUUUUUUAAUGAUAAAAAUAAAUCUAAUAUGAGAAACUGGUUUUAUUACUACACCGAAAUGUUUUGAAACAAUAGAAGAAUUUUGUAAUUAUUAUAAAUUUUUAAUUUGAAAUGAUAAGCCAAACCAUAGGUAAAACUUAGAUAUUUCAGAAAAUAAUAAACAAAUUAUGAUGUUUAACAGUGUCUGAAGUUGUUGUUAUGUUCAUGAUACUAAUUUUGAAUAUUAUUUUUAGACUUGCAUUCUUGUUAUUCUGAAGCUUUUUGUAAAUUCUGAAUUCCUAAUUUAUAUUUUAAAAAACUUGAGGUAAAGGAGAACAAAUCUUUUUUCUCCUUAUUCACAAAAUAUGAAUAAAUUGAACAUGGC